AUGACUCAUCAUUCACAUCCAGCAACAAGGCAGACCCCCGAGGGUGGAUCGGCGACUCAUCAUCUAUCGUUCCCGGAGAAGGUCUAUCAUGUGUUGAAGCUGUGCGAAGAGAAUGGCAGAACUGACGUAAUAUCUUGGGUGAACGACGGCACUGCCUUGAAGGUACAUAAUCUAAAAGAGUUCGAACAACACUUCCUUCCCAACUAUUUCAACACCAAGAAGUAUGCCAGCUUCACUCGAACGCUAUGUGCCUAUGGCUUUAGUGGUGUUCGCACGGGACGGCAACCGGGCAUUUACUCGCACCCGGCCUUUAAUCGCAAUGAUCCGGCAACCCCUUGUCUGAUGAGAAGGAUAAAGAAAAAGAGGAGUUCAGGGUCUUCAGCAAGUUCCAAUUCUUCCAAUGAGGCAUCAUCGAACAAUCGUCGUCUAUCUACUACUACCAACAGGACAAGACAUCAUGAUGAAAUUGUUGGCGAGCAAAGGUUCCAGUUUCCAUCCUAUUUUAAUGGUACACGGUGUGAAGAUCACAGUACUAGCAGUGGCAUAGUAGGCGUCGGUGGAUUUUGUCAUUCAGUUGCUUCUCAAGCCGCGGAUCGGUUAACACACAUGAUGUCCCUCGUUCCACCAGGAUCUGAUUUGGUUGGUACAUUUGAGAGUGAAGAUCACAACAGUACGAGAGUCGGGUCUUCCCGAAACCUCACUGGGUCGACUUCCAGCAUUGGGAACUCAACUUCUUCCUAUCACCACACUGCUGCAAUAAGCCCAAGUGAUGUAGAGGAUGAUGGACAAGGUGAAAGACAGACAACCAGCACUCCGACGUAUAAUGCCAUGCUUGGCGCUGCCCACGUAGCACCGACCACGACAGCACUAACACAAGCAGCAGCAAGGGAAACGACUGAGAACAGAAUGAAUCUCCAAAUACAUUGCUUUGGUGCAAACAAGGAAGGCAAUUUUGAACCAAUACCUCUAUCAGGUCAAGGCAAUGGGCAAACAAACUAUAGUCUACCUACUGACUAUUCACAGGCGGAACUACUGCCCGACUCUUGGGAGCCGCGAAGAAUUCAUGAAGUAUGA